AACGCAUUCGAAGAUCCAACGCUGGGGAGUACGACAGUGGUCCAAGGAAAUUUUCUGGCUGAAAGUCAUAGUGAGUGUUUGAGAAACAUGGCUGGCAUGCCCCCAGUAGACAUAUCCAAGCUCCAAUUGGUGCAGGAGCUGGAGAUUGAGAUGAUGUCAGACAUGUACAAUAGGAUGACUGCUGCAUGUCACAAAAAGUGCAUCCCUCCAAAAUACAAGGAUGCAGAAUUAGGAAAAGGUGAAUCUGUCUGUCUGGAUCGUUGUAUUGCCAAGUAUCUGGACAUUCAUGAACGUAUUGGGAAAAAACUGACACAGUUGUCAGUGCAGGAUGAAGAUUUGAUGAAAAGGAUGCAAACUGAGCAGCAGCAGCAGCCAAGAACUUAACUUUUGAAUGAUAAUAUUGUCAUGUAGUUGUACUGAUGAUGUAGUUAAUAAAACUUCCAGCUUGGAAGUGACAGCAUUUGAUAUUCCUUAA